AUGAUAUUCACAUCCACACUGGAAGAAGAGGUAUUUAGGAAGUCAAACCUGGAUGGUAAGGAGAUCAACAUAUAUAGUGAACAACUCACAGACUUAAGAUUUGCGGAUGAUGUAGCGCUCAAGACAUCAUCAGUCGAAGAUCUACAACACCAGCUUCGGAGUUUGAAUGAAGAAAGUAAACAGGAUAAAGGAAGGAAGGCUGGAAAUGCUUUGGAAGGAAUGUACAAGGGACUUCUAACUAGCAAACAAAUACCAAAUUCCUUAAAAAGUCAAAUCUUAAAGCAGUGCAUCCUGAACAAAUUAACAUACGAUGCAGAGGUAUGGUCAACCACAAACGAAAUGGAACAAAAACUAAGAACCAGACAGAGAGCUAAGGAAAAGAAAAGGCUCAACAUCUCAUUACGUGACAAAUUGAGACACAGCAUCAUUUAUAAAACAAACAACGGUAAAGGAUACCAUAGAGAAAAUCAAGGAAAGGAAGUGGAGAUGGGCUGGACACACAUUAAGAUUACAGGAUAA